UCUGCAGAGGAGGGAACAAACUAACGCGUGUUUGGUGUGUACGUGGGGAAGUUUUCACCGUGAAGAUUCUUCCGUGGACAAGGAUCACACAGGUCAAGCGUUGGGUGAAAAUGGUGAAAAUUACAGUGGUCAAAACCAAGGCGUACGCCGACCAGAAACCCGGAACCAGCGGACUCAGGAAAAGAGUAACAGUCUUCCAGCAAAAUCAGCACUAUGCUGAAAAUUUCAUUCAGAGCACCAUAUCCGUCGUCGAGCCUGCAGUCAGGCAAGAGAGCACUUUGGUUGUCGGUGGAGAUGGAAGAUUUUUCAUGAAAGAUGCUAUUCAACUCAUCGUGCAGAUUGCCGCAGCUAAUGGGAUUGGCCGGCUGGUCAUUGGCCAGAAUGGGAUCAUGUCCACCCCUGCUGUGUCCUGUGUGAUCCGGAAGAUCAAGGCUGUCGGAGGGAUCAUUCUGACGGCCAGCCAUAAUCCUGGUGGCCCAAGUGGAGACUUUGGCAUCAAGUACAACAUUGCCAGUGGAGGACCUGCUCCGGAAGGAGUCACAAACAAGAUCUACGAUAUCAGCAAAAGUAUCACAGAGUACCAUAUCUGUCCUGACCUUAAAGUGGACCUGUCCAAAAUUGGUAAACAGACCUUUGAGGUGGACACCUUCAAGCCGUUUACAGUGGAAAUUGUGGAUUGUGUGGAGGCCUAUGCUGAGAUGCUGAGAGGCAUCUUUGAUUUCCCUGCCUUGAAGGAGCUGCUGUCUGGACCCAAUCAUAUCAAAGUGAACCUGGAUGCUAUGCAUGGAGUGGUUGGACCUUACGUGAAGAAGAUCGUCUGUGAGGAGCUUGGCUCUCCUGCCAACUCUGCUGUGAAUUGUGUUCCAUCGGAAGAUUUUGGAGGUCACCACCCUGACCCCAAUCUGACCUAUGCUGCCGACCUGGUCAAGACCAUGAAGGGAGGCGAAUAUGACUUUGGAGCGGCUUUUGAUGGUGAUGGUGAUCGUAACAUGGUGCUGGGCAAACAUGGCUUCUUUGUGAACCCCUCGGACUCUGUGGCUGCUAUCGCGGCCAACAUCACCUGCAUCCCCUACUUCCAGAAGACUGGCGUGAAGGGGCUGGCCCGCAGCAUGCCCACCAGCGGAGCUCUGGACAAUGUGGCCAAAGCUCUGAAGAUGGCGCUGUAUGAGACUCCUACUGGCUGGAAGUUCUUUGGGAACCUGAUGGAUGCUGGCAAGCUGUCCCUGUGUGGAGAGGAGAGCUUUGGCACAGGCUCUGACCAUAUCAGGGAGAAGGAUGGGCUGUGGGCAGUCCUUGCCUGGCUGUCAAUCUUAGCGUCACGCAAACAGAGUGUGGAGGACAUCAUGAAAGACCACUGGAAGAAAUUUGGGCGCAAUUUUUUCACAAGGUAUGAUUAUGAAGAGGUGAACUCCGACGCUGCCAGUAAGAUGAUGAAAGACCUAGAAGCUGCCAUGUCUGACAAGUCCUUUGUUGGAAAGAAAUUCUCCUCGGGUGACAAGACAUAUGAAGUGGAGAUCGCCGAUAACUUCAUGUACACAGACCCGGUGGAUGGGAGCGUAUCAAAGAACCAGGGCCUGAGGAUCAUCUUCUCUGAUGGCUCGCGGAUCAUUUUCCGUCUCAGCGGGACGGGCAGCGCCGGGGCGACUAUCAGGCUCUACAUAGACAGCUAUGAGAAGGACCCGCAGAAGAUCAACCAGGAGGCGCAGGUGAUGCUGGCUCCACUGGUGGACAUCGCAUUGAAGAUCUCUCAGCUUCAGGAGAACACUGGACGUACUGCCCCCACUGUGAUCACAUAAAGGCCUUAUCCCCCCCCCACCAAACCACCAGACCCGUCCAUUCACAGCCCCCCAUCAACCCCCCCAAAUACAUACACAUCUGUCAACGGCUCACAUCAGUACUGUAACACAAACUGCCAAAACAAAAGUAAACUAACACAAAACAUACAAAUAAAGGGAAAUGUUCCAAAAGAAAA